AUGCAGUAUUCCAGCGUGUUUGCGAUCUUUAUCAGGGGCUACUACGCGCGUCUCUUAUCUUCCUUAUUGGAAGCCUUCGCACCAGGAGUUCAAACCCAAGAGAGUCUUGGAACGUGGGUGACGCAGAUUACAAGUCCAGUUUUCACCAGACAGUUGAGCACAGUUGCCAGCUGUUUGAGGAAUUAUCAAUAUCCAGUAUUUUCCACGUGUGCUGAUGCUCUCACGUCCGGAUCCCAACGGUGGUCGAAUGGAUACAAAUGCGUGGUGAGUAAAAACAAUGAAAUCAUUGCAGCCCAGCAGUCCACAACAAAGUCGACAGUGGCAACCACCACCACCACCAAGGCAACCAGUCCAGCAACAAAUCCUCAGACUUCCACCCCCAUGACUGUGAGCACAACCAAGACAGCUGUUACAAGUACAGCCAGCACAAGUCCCAGUUCCACAACAAAAACCAAUGCUGUGACUUCCUCAUCAAGCACUGCUAGUUCUACCACCACUACUACUACUACAAGCAAAGCAGCAGCAACAACUGCUACAUCACACCAGCAAACUGUCAACAACAAACCCAUCAUCAUCAUCAUCAUCACCCUUCACUACAAGUCUAUCAACUGGGACAUCUAUCACAACAAGCAAGCCAGUAACAACAGAACUAACACAGACCACCACAAUAAUAACAACCACAUCUACCCUAACUUCCCCAACACCAACAACUACUACUAUUACUAUUUCAACACCUACAAGUACCACUUCAACUACAACCAAGCUCACAACUACCAGUUCUAUCACAACCACAGCAUCAACAACAACAACAACAAAUUCACAAACAUCCCAAACUACACCAUCAUCAUCAUCAUCAACAAGCUCAACUUCAAGCAGCAAAACAACUACUGUCCCACUGGAGGCAAUUCAUCCCCUGGCAAGACCUUUUAUUGUUUUUGGGAAAAUCAAACACUGAGUGAAGUCAAGACAGUGGCUUGUCUAGUUUCACCAAAGAAAACAGAGUGCAAAUCCUGUAUUCAGAGUCUUGGAAAGUGGGUGAGGCAGAUCACAAGUCCAGUUUUCACCAGACAGUUGAGCACAGUUGCAAGCUGUUUAGGGUAUUAUCAAUAUGGAAUAUUUUCCACAUGUGCUGCUGCUCUCAUGAGUCUUGGAAAGUGGGUGACGCAGAUCACAAGUCCAGUUUUCACCAGACAGUUGAGCACAGUUGCCAGCUGUUUAAGAAAUUAUCAAUAUGGAGUAUUUCGCAUAUGUGCUACUGCUCUCACGUCUGGAUCCCAAAGGUGGUCAAAUGGAUACAAAUGCAUGGUGAGCAAAAACAAUGAAAUCAUUGCAGCCCAGCAGUCCACAACAAAGUCAACAGUGGCAACCAGUCCAGCAACAAAUCCUCAGACUUUCACCCCUACAACUGAAGAAAUCCCCAGAAGUUCGCUGAUUCUCGAGACAAUAAAUUCGGUCUUCCCUGAUGACGAGGAGGAAACCUUCAUUGGUUUCCUCUCUUGUUUUCUCCUCAACAAGCAGUGUGUCCCAGGUAAACCCAAAAUGACCCCGUUCUCCAUCUCUUUCUUCCCAAGGCGGCAAAAAUUCAGGAAUGAAGACAGCCUCACAAAGGGGAAGUCGAGAACCAGGGCCGCCCACCCACCACCUCCACUUCCACCUCAACCACCACCACCACCACCACCACCACCACCAGGACCAGGACGGAUGAUGCUCAUGGGCACAAAAUUUCAGCAAAAAUAUCCCAACUCUGUCACACAAGGGUUAAAGAAUCAAGUGCCCAUCAGAGUGCCAAAGGGCUACCAGAGUGGUUGCUGUUUGCUGCCCCAGCAUCACCACACCAGGGCCACCAUGGAGCCACCCCCAAGGGGGCAGCCAUCGCGGUGUCCUCUCUGGGGCGAGUUGCCCACCCGAGACCUGAUGGCAUACAGAGCAGAGCCGCGGGCCGCAUUGCUCAUCAAUGCGCCAUUCCGACGCCCCUUGGCUGAUUAUAUGGCGAAGAGGCUUGGCAGCACACAGCACCGCGGGCGCCGCCAUAGCCGGAGUUAUAUAGCUCCAAAAACCAUUUUUGCUGUGACAACUGGGAAGACAUUUGAAGGAAAGCAGAGCGUUGAAUACCCACACACAGAUCUGGGUCGCUGCGAUCAUCAGCCACCAGAGCUGCAGCCGUCCAUCGUCCUGUAG